AGAUGGAAUUAGUGAAUGUAAUCAUUUCACAAUGCAUAUAUCUGACAUCAAGAAAAGUCAAAGUUGCUGCAAAGAAACCUGCCAAACAAUAAUUGAUUGUUGUCGAACGUCCAGUCAUUGUAAUAAUAGAGGAAAAUGUGAACUCAGUAAGCCAUCAAGUAGAAGACGAGCUUCAUGUAACUGUGAUGAAGGAUAUGUUGGAGAUCGUUGUCAAACUAUGGCAAGAUCGUGCAGAAGUUAUCGUGGUCAACAAAACGGACAAUAUAAAAUAUUUACUUCUGACGAGCAAUUAAUUUCAGUUUACUGUCAUUUUGAUGGGCAUCGCGCAUGGACACUUGUCCAAUCAUUUAGUUUGGAAAAUUCAAUAUACUACAAAAAUAAAGUUUACUACAAAAAUUUCCCCAGAAACGUAGCAAGCCCAUGUUGGAAAGACUACAGACUUUCUUUGGAGACGAUGAUUGGCAUAAAAGAAGACAAAAAUGAAAGAUGGCGCAUAACUUGCAAUUACACAAGCAUUAGUUGGAAUGUUGGGGAUCGUCUUGAGGCAACGCAUAAAAACAUUGAAUUACUGGAGGAAAAAAAGUCAAAGCAUUAUGGUAACUGUGUUCUCGCGGAAUAUGUUGAAAUUCGUGGAGCUUCGUGCAGCCGUUGCAACAUCAGCAUUUUUCAAAAGGAAAGCUGGAUUCUUCAUAUUGAUUCAACAAAAACUUCUUGUGGUCGGACUUGGAAUGGAAUUCCAUGUCAUAAUGGAUCUGGUGAGGACAAUUUUGGUUUUUACGGUUGCGUAAAUCCUAAACAUAAUUGCACAUCGUCGAACAAAGCCACCACACAAUUGUGGUUUGGCAAUGAAUGAUAUAUGCAUGAAACUGUAAGUUCUUGUAUAUACAAUGUCCAAUUUGGCAAGUAUUAGCACAGAAAUUUACGAAGAGAUCAUAGAAUGUUUUCAGCUAUUCCUUUAAAAUCUUUACAUUUUUAUAAGUUAGUUAAGCAUGAAGAAAUUAAGUUAUUUAUAUAAAUAAAUUUUUGACGUCUUUUGAUUCAUAUAUUCGGUACUCCGCCCAAUCAAUUUUGUGAAUGGCAAUCAAAAAGAUUUGUAGAAAAUAACAGUUGUAUUUAAGUAAAACUUUUUUUCUUUGUAGUAACAUUUCAGACUUAAUUAUAAAUAACAUCUUAGCUUGUAACACACGUAAAACAUAAUUUUAAUAGCUACUGUACGUAAUUAAAAAGAUUAUUGCAAAAACGUAAGUAAAAUAUGAAGCGCAA